GUGAGCUGGGAGUGUGUGUGUGUCCUCUUGUGUGUGGGUGUGUCGAGGAUCGAGGCCGAGCGGAUCGCGGACGAGGUAAUGAUCGUAAUGAGUCGAGGGUUAUUCCAAUCGCUGUGGCUAUUGUGUUCAAUUACCUCGUGCUAUAAUGUCAUUGUCCGCCUCUCUGAUCUCUGAUCUUUGAGCGAUGAACGCGGUCUGUGCGCGACUGUCGACGCCGACGCGACCUUGUGUGCAGUGUGGCCUAGAGCCUGCAGCCUGCAGCCUGCAGUCUACAGCCAGUGUGAGGUGUGCGGCGCCCAAACUCUCAACUCGCGAGGGUAACGAUCUACGCUCGGACCUCUUGCCCAGGGUCGAUAUGCUCGAGGUAAACUCCAGAGGCCAGUGGCCAGAGGGCGCACCAGGGCCAGCGACAGGCCCGUCUUUGUCCCGACGCUCGGUCUCCCUCUUGUCGUCUCUGCGCUGCGCUUGGCUGCGCCGAGACGUGCCGCUGGCUGGUGGGUGGGGACGAGGACUCGGAUGUGAGAGGGAGGGGGCUGCGAGCUGCCGAAGAUGCCGGAGGGUGGGUCAAAUCAAGUUCAGAAGAGAAAUGAUCCGGCUGCAACGCCCCGUGCCUGAUGCCGCCUGCUGGGUAGCUGGGUGCAGUGGAAUGCUUCAAGCCAGCAAGCCGGGGCGCCUAUUUAGCCGGUCUACCAGAUACCAGCGAUCCUCUUGCUCAGUCAGUGACCAGAGCGGGGAGGGAGGCUCGAAUAUUUUUUUUGCCACUCUCUCUGUCGGCACUCGCACACCCGGUUACAGCCCAUGUUUCUUGGCUCUCUCGAUCGCAAGUCCUCCCCCUCACAGAACAAUGACAAGGCUGAGGAGGCGCAGUGGCAUUCCAAGGAUCCAAAAGACGGGUACGAGGCGGCGGCAUGGUGGUGCGGUGGUGGUGGUGGGGAGGGGUUGUGGGUGAGGACAGAGAGGGCCGAGGGGAGGGGCUCGAGUGUCGAGCAGGGUCGGAUGUGGCGUCGAGAACAAUGGAUCACACUCGGCGCCGGGGCGCCUUGGCUACGCAGAGCUGGCUCUCAAGCUCAAAGCUCAUGCAAGUACCCAGUGCUGAGGGAUGGGCAUUGAGA